AUGAUUGAAAACGUGGUCCAGCCCUCCUCUGCUGCCGGACAUGCUUUUGUCCUCCUGCCCUGCUCACCCAAUGUUGCAGUGAUACAGAUGGAUCGUAGCAGAGGGGCAGAAAUGGAGUUACGGAGAUCCUCCAGCCCAGGCAAGCUGAGCAAGAGUGACAUGGAUGCUGACAAGACCAUGUGCCACAGCUGCUGUAUCUGCGGUAAAAGUUUCCCUUUUCAGAGCUCCUUGUCACAGCACAUGAGGAAGCACACGGGCGAGAAACCCUACAAAUGCCCUUACUGUGAUCACAGAGCUUCCCAAAAGGGCAACCUGAAGAUCCACAUCCGUAGUCACAGAACAGGCACUUUAAGUCAGGGGCACGAGGUGGAGAUGGGAGAGGCGCAGCUGGGGGAGAUGGGAGUUUCGGAGGGCCUGGGUGGGUGCACCAGCCCCACUAAAAGCACAUCUGCCUGCAACAAGAUCUUGAACGGUACCGCUCAGGUAGAUAGCAGCAAGAUCUUGUUGAGAAGCAGCAAGAAGGAGGUCAUGGAGGCGACGCCGGCUGAGGAGAAUGGCAAGCUGACCUCCUACCAGUGCACCUUCUGCAAAAACAAAUUUGAAAGGAAGAAGGAUCUGGAGCAGCACCUGCACCAGGUCCACAAACCAUUCAAGUGCAGGUUGUGUAGUUACAUGACCCUGAGGGAGGAGACGCUGUUAAACCAUAUCGAGAAGGACCAUAUAACAGCUCAGGUCCCAAACGGGGAGGCCUAUGCUGAGAACUGCAAGAGCGAGUUGAGUGCAGGCGAGUUCCCCUGCGAAGUCUGUGGUCAGGCCUUUAGUCAGACCUGGUUCCUGAAAGCUCACAUGAAGAAGCACAGGGGGUCAUUUGAUCACGGGUGCCACAUUUGCGGCAGGAGAUUCAAAGAGCCCUGGUUUCUCAAAAACCACAUGAAGUCACAUGGCCCCAAGACCGGGAGCAAAAACAAACCAAAAAAUGAUUUGGAACUCAUAGCCACUAUCAAUGACGUGAUACAGGAGGAGACGAUUGUGACGGGCCUGUCUCUGUACGAAGUUUGCACCAAGUGUGGAAAUCUGUUUACAAAUAUGGAAAGCCUGAAAGCGCAUAAUGCUGUUCACUACCGAGCGCAGCGGGGCAGCACCAGGGAUAAAGCCGAGGGCUUGACAGACGGGAGCCUGAGCUCCUCGGUAACGAAGCAGUUUUUCUUGCAGUGUCUCAAUCUAAGGCCAUCUGUAGGGCCGGAUAGAGUUACAAGAGGACAGCCUGGGAAAAGAGUAGCCGAGCUGGAUCCAGUCAGUAGCUACCAAGCUUGGCAGCUGGCCACCAAGGGGAAAGUCGUAGAGCCCUCCGAGUAUGUGAAGUAUGUGGGGUGGGACGAGGCCCUGGCAGAUGCGGACGUGACUUACGACAAGGAUAAGAGAGAGUAUAUCCUUGUCAACCAGGAGAAGCGCAAGCGAGACCAGGACUCGCCCAGUACUCCCAGCAACCCCAAGAAGAAGAGCUGCACCAGCGGGCGCCCGGAGGAGCCCGAGUGCUUCGAGUGUGGGAAGAUCUUCCGCACCUACCACCAAAUGGUGCUGCACUCCCGGGUGCACCGCAAGGAGCGGAGGAGCGGCGGCGAGGGCGGGACGGCCGCCCAGCCUGACCGCUAUGGCUCCAGCAGCGAGGAAGGGGACUCGGGGUCUGUCAGCGGGCCCAGCACCCCCGGCUCCGCUUCUGCCCCGGAGGACUCGGCCACCUCCGGCCUGGGGGAGGAGGGGGCUGAGGAGAGCUCGGAGGAGGGAGCAGCCGACCCCUCGCUAGAUGAAAAGCCAUACCACUGCAACUUUUCUAAAGAGGAAACCCCGAUGGUAACAUCUCAGUUGGAUGAACUCCCGAAGCUGGGAAUCUGCAAUGCCAGAGAAAAUGAGGUCAGGGAAUCUAAACCAGAGAUUCCCGGCCUGGUGUCGGCACUGGAGAGCAUCAUCAGGGAGCCCUUUUUGAAAUACCGAGAUCUAAAAUGUUCUGCAGACAUAAAGAUGCCAGCAUUUCACCACAGCCAAGGGCUUCCUUGCUCCAGUCGCAUUGCUAGCUAUGCUUCGGGUGUGGGCCAGACAUCUUCUAACAUGGUCAUGGACUUAAAAACGUCACCUGAAGUGCAGGCUAGUCGCGCCAGACAAAAUUUGCUAGACUUGCACAGGGAGCAUCCUCUGACAGAAAAAGGUGCUGAAGGUCAAGUGUUAGCUCCACUCGAUUUGAGUGAAAAAUCAACAAGGGAUAAUUCAUGCAAUAAAAAUCUGAAUACAUCCUUGCAGGCUGCUUUAGUUGUCUACCCAUGUCCCUUCUGCAGUCACAAGACCUACUACCCCGAAGUCCUGUGGAUGCACAAAAGAAUUUUGCACAAAAUCAGCUGUAACUUGAUGGUUCCCCCUUGGGUUCAACAGAACGGAUUCAAGAGUAUUAAAAACAGCCUGGUCUUUCUGGCAAGGAGUGGGCGUACCGGCCCCCCUCCUGUUCUCGGAGGUAAGGAAUGCCAGCCUUUGCCCAUUGCCAGAUUUACGCGCACUCAAGUGCCAAGUGCGCUGCCAGGGUCCAAAAGCAGCUCUCUUUCUGUCGGGAUGUCUGCAAAGUCUGGGAGUAUGCAUCAGUCAAAGGACGGUCACGCCUUCGGCCAUUGUGGUCCGCGCUUAUCAGGUCUGGAUGGGUACAGACAGCCCAAGUUAAACCAUUCCCAGGAGCAAUACAGCAUAGCAGCACAACAGAAAAGUAAAUACGAAGCAAAUUCCAAACUUAUGCAAACGGGAGCCUAUAGCAGAAGCGUAACACCUACUCCAACAGUCAUAUCCAGGCCUAGCUCACAGCCCACCAACAGUAAGCAAGUGGAGAAGUAUGUGGUUCCCCAAGGAAGUUCUAGUUUUGCCCCUCUGGGUAAGCACUGUGCUUCCGACUCCAUGAAGGCCAAGUUCAACCCACCACUGCAGUAUCAUCCUCUGUGUAAGAGCGAGCAGUACACUAAACACGAAGAGCCAUUCGUGCCUCAGAGGGAGUCUCACGUGAAGGCUGGCAACGAGCUGAGGACAUUGGCAAACUGCACAGCGGUAGCACGAGCGAGUCCGUUGCUGCAGCCCCAGCCUGGCACCGUGGGAGUUUCUCCAGCUUUACACUCCAGCAAACAGGAUCCAGGAUCAGACGGACAUGAGAAACGUUUGGACAUUUUAAAUAUCUUUAAAACUUACAUUCCAAAGGAUCUUGCUUCGUUGUACCAAACCUGCGGUGCCAACAGCCCUGUCCUGGAUCACGCAGGUCAACUUUCGACACAAACACGCCAAGGAGACUGUAUCUGCAGAGAAUGUGGAAAAUGCUUUACCCAACCCAGUCACCUCAGGGCUCAUCAGAGGUCCCACACAGUGGUAUUUGAGUCUAAUGGACUCCGAGGUACUGAAGUUCACACCACCUCCGCAGAUGCCCCAAAACAAGGCAGAGACCACGGCGGUGCGGAGCUGGCCCACACGCUGCCUCUCCGGAAG